UAAUAGAUUUAAGGUUGGUUGUGGUAAACUUUCUGUGAUAGCAAUGGGUGCAAAGAAAAACUGUGUGUUGUGUUCUUAAAUUGCACAACUUGAUAUCUCGAACAGAGGAAUAGCUUACCAUUCGUCUUUGCUGUUGAACUUGUGAGUCGCGACCUUGGAUUAGAAAAAACAUCUCGCUAGGGGUCAGCUCUCAGCUGGGUCAGCCGAGGUUCAAAAUAGAUUCGUAUCGGCCAUUUUCGUCUGUUAACAACGACACAAUUCGCUGCUUUAAUCUAGUUGAUACCAAAUUAAUUCCAAAAGUUCCAACAUAUGAGCCAUAAAGACAUCAUCUGGAAGAAUAGUCAGUACUGUAGCAAAGAUGGCAUAUGCACACCGCCAACAAGUGAUUUUUACCCUUGAAGAUCUCAAACAAAGCACUGAAUUCCCAGUUAGUGCUUGUGGAACAGAGCUUGCCCCAGAAAAUUUUCUGACAUCUCUUAGUAUUCAUUCUGGUGACGAAAUUUUAGUUCCUGUAUCCAAGAAUGACCUUUGCUUGCUUGAAGAAUUGGGAGAAAAAAUAGAAAUGAGCAAUUGGCAAAUUGAGUGGCGGAUUGAUGCAUCAGAGAUAAUCUCAGUCUCUCCUUCAGACUUCUCUGUGUCUCUGCUGCGUGAGCUAAUUGCCUUGUCACUUAGAGACUUCCAAGAAUUUGGCCAAGGAAUAGAAUCUGUGGAAGCAAACUUGUCACAUGUUGCCCUUUAUAGGGCUGUUGAAGCUAAUGAUGAUGUUAAUUACGAUGUUGAACCGAAACGCUUCACUUCUGUCAUAAACAAAGCGAAAUGGACAGGAUCGUUUGGGACCCUUAUGUUACAAAUUCCUGUUAUUGGUGGGUUUCGCGGUGGUGAUUUCCGUUUAAAAAAUCGGAAACAGCAGAGCAAAUUAUUCAGUACCUCUCGAAAUAGCAAUCGCGCUUUUCAUGUGACUGCAUUUUACGAUGAUUGUCAAGUGUUUAUGGAACCCAUAACGAAAGGCUCUCGCCUUGAUUUGGUAUUUAACCUACGACACAAAGAAACAACCACAUGCAUCGCCCGACCGUUGAGUGAAGAUUAUAGCAGCCCAUUGUAUCGAAUAUGGCAGUCGCCUGUAAUGCUUCAGAAGGAUACUCAUUCAGGAGCCAUUGCACAAUUAUCGAAGAAUGAACAAAAACUCAGAGAUCUGUUCAGUAAUUGGCGAAAAAUCGAUCACUCUCCAGUGGAGCUGUAUGCCUUGCCCCUAGAGCAUGAUUAUUGCAAAAACAAUUUAUCAUUUAACUCUCUGAAAGGCAUCGACCGUUCCACGGUUAAUCUCAUCUUAUCCACCCUGGGAGAUUUUGUUGACGUGCACCUCGCCAUCGUCACCAAAUACAUAGGAUACAAAGAAGAUGAUUGGACAACGUCCGGAAGAGAGCAUCUGAUAAAAAGAAAUCAAGGAAAAACUCCUAAAUAUUUCCGCGAAAACGACUGGGUUGAAUUCUGGGCCGGAAAUUGGUUGGAUCUUCAGAAUCGUCGUCUCGCAUUGCCACCACUUUCGAUCGUCGUUCCCGAUGAGCUCUUAGGAUUUAAUGAAGCAGUUUUCCAUUGCGAUCCACCACCCGACUACGGUGGGAAAUUUGACGGACAUACGUUUGAUCGAGCUGCCAUCAUUAUGUGGCCCCGGAAUCAAACCUUGUCUACUGCCAUCCGGUUUGGAUUAGAUCAAGCGCUGGAUGUUGUUGAGAACGCUCCGAAGGAAAGUGAUCCAUUCCUUGUCAUCACCGAAACGAAAAAAACCCAAAUGCUGCACUUGUUAGACCUUUGCAAAAAGGAACCGAACAAAUCGUGGUUUGCAUGUGCGUCAGAGUGUAGUGAUCUGCGUUGCGAUAGAGCCAUUCCGGUCUCUGUGCACGUUGCAUCCAAGAGGACCCUUCGCUUGAUUCAUCUAUGUUUGAUUUGGAAUUUACCUGAAUGUGGUCUAGAGCUGCUCUGUCUUCUCUUCACUCGUCUUGACUCAACGAAUUACCGUUGCCACCAAUGUUGCAUGUCGGACGAAUCAACCGCUUUUGUAGGCGGCAUUUGUUCUCGGGAAGUGGCAGACAAACUAGCAGAAUUGGUUGUAAUGCUUGACACGUGGAGUUGCAGUAUUGUCAACGAUUGCUUUAAGCCGUUGAUCAACGAAAACAUGGUAUUCGAUCUGAGACAGACCGGACAUCUCGCCCAUUUCGCGACUUGUCUCUUCCACCGCCAAUGCUUUGAAGCGGCAAUUUAUGUCAGCGAUCAGGUUUUCCGAAUGCUGACCGACUUUUAUUUGAUUGAACUUGCUGAAACCCAAUCUACAGAUAGCGUUGUGGGCUCUUGCAUCGACAUGCUGGUUUUGAUUGAUGGUCUACCAUCGGAGUACAGCCGACUUAUUCAACUUUUAUUUCAGCUGAAAUCGUUGAGCGUUCGCCAUCCAUCAGUCGUGAUCGGUUGGCUUCAGCAAAGCGAUGUGACUCUGCUCAAGUCUCUGCCUCCAUACUGGGAUUUCUAUGUGGAUCUUGUAACCAAACUGGAAAAUCAGCUGAUGGAAUUGAAUGAUCCCACCAACAGUUACACGUCUUCGUUUGAAGCUCUGGAAAAGGCUGCCGCUCAAUUGAUGGUGUCUUUCCUGAAACUGCAAGAAACACAGAAGCUUGAGAUACUGAUAGACAGGAUUGUAAACUCCAAAAAUCAAGAGGCAAGAAUUUUGUUGGCAGCGAUUCUUUCGUCCAGCAACGUUUGGGCUGUUCCAACAGCAUCAUCGAUGGAAUCCACGUUAAUCACCCUGAGCGCUGCACGCGUUCAGCAGCUUGUUCGCUUCAAAUUCCCCAUGUUCAAGUGGGAGCAGCCUGAUGCAAUUCUGAAAGAACAUCCUGCGGUGGAGCUCUUCCUCCAUUCAACCAAAGAAUCGAUGACGUACAACGCAUUCGCAAGCGAACAAGAAGCUCAGGCGUUUGCGUCCAAGUAUUUCGGAGGCCAGAGGACCGUAACAGGUUACAGUGCAAAGGUGUCGGACAUCCGACGUGGCCCAGAUGACGUGAUUUCUGUGACAAUUUCAAAGACCCCAGAAAUCUACGAAUCGUCGUUGAAGCAACUGGCGUCUUUGGAAGCGGCGCUGUCGGGUCCGAUGACCUGUUCACCAAACAUAAAACAAAUUGAGAAUGCAGCAGUAGUGGCACUUGAAGCUCCGCCUAGCGUUACAGACCCGAUUAACGAAUCGUCCGACCCGAUCGUCGAACGUAAGCAAUCGAGAGCUCGAGUUAGUAAGAAGAGUGCGGGUCCAUUGGCACCUCCUGGCAAACGUUCGAAACGAAUUUCAAUCAAGAAUCAAGUCAAACAAACAGAAGAAGAAGAAUCUAUGCCGUGAUGGUAUACGUUCAUUUGUAACAUUACAUUAUUCGUUCUAAUGUUGUUCUCUUGGAAGAUUUCAUUGGCUUUCCUUGUUAUUGUUUUGUUUGUGUUUUUAAGGUCCAACCAAGAAAUUUCGUGUUUUAAACAUAUUGCUUUUUUUUAAAUCUGUUGUCAUUAACUUGUUUUUUGCAUUUGCCACUUCAGCAACGUUUGUUUUCUCUGAUAACCCGGUCUACAAGUUUUGUGACAUUUCAAUAAACAUGACAAUAUUAUUUGUCAUGCUUGAAAGCUCA